AACUGACCUAGGACCAGUUACCGUACGUUGUACGGAAUCCUUUAGCGUCACAUUCAUUUGGUUCAGGCAAUAUCGCGGCCUGCCUUAAUUGCAUUUCACAAGGCGGAGUUUAGGGUCUUUUAAGCUCUCUUUCCGCCGUACCCGCCAUCUUGUAGACACCGGGGUAAUCAGGCAUCAUGACGAACACCAGAGGCAAGAGGAGGGGGACCAGGUACAUGUUUAGCAGGCCAUUCCGCAAGCAUGGCCCAAUUCCCCUGUCCACAUACAUGCGCAUCUACAGAAAGGGUGACAUUGUUGACAUCAAGGGUACAGGUACCAUUCAGAGAGGUAUGCCUCACAAAUGCUACCAUGGCAAAACAGGACGUGUCUACAACGUGACCCAACAUGCUGUCGGCAUUAUUGUCAACAAGCAGGUCAAGGGCAAAAUCCUGGCCAAGAGGAUUAAUGUGCGCAUUGAGCAUGUGAAGCACUCAAAGAGCAGGGACAGUUUCCUGCAGCGGGUCAAGGCGAACGAGGCCAAGAAGAUGGAGGCCAAGCAGAAAGGCAGCUGGGUGGAACUGAAGCGACAGCCUGCUCCUCCUCGUGAUGCUCACUUCGUCAGCACCAAGAAAAACGAGCCACAGCUGCUGGAGCCAAUCCCCUACGAGUUUAUGGCAUAAAGUGCUCACCAAAAUUAAAAAAUAUUUGUACACACA